GCCAAGCAACCCACGUUCAUCCCCUGCGCGGACUCCACUUCCUAAUCCGCCUCCCCACCCCCAUAUUUUUCUCCCGGAUCUCCCACUCCUAUUCCUCUCCCGCCUGGAUCUCCCCCUCUGAUUCUGCGAUCUCCGCCUGCAAGGAAGCAGUAAUGGCGGGGAGGGGGAAUAUCGCGGCGAACAACUCCGCACUCAUCGCCAUCAUCGCUGAUGAGGACACUGUUACUGGCUUCUUGAUGGCUGGAGUUGGCAAUGUUGAUCUGCGCAAGAAAACAAACUACCUUCUUGUGGAUAACAAAACGACAGUGAAACAGAUUGAAGACGCAUUUAAAGAGUUCACUGCCAGGGAUGAUAUUGCCAUUGUGCUCAUCAGCCAAUAUAUUGCAAACAUGAUAAGGUUUCUGGUGGAUAGCUACAACAAGCCAAUCCCUGCUAUAUUGGAAAUCCCAUCCAAGGACCAUCCCUAUGACCCAGCAAGUGAUUCGGUCCUUUCCCGUGUGAAGUAUCUAUUUUCUUCAGACUCUUCUGCUGAUAGGCGUUGAAUAGCGACCUUGACAAUCCCAAACCUUUGGUUGGAGUCUUGCUGUACUACUUGUUCUAUGUAUCUGUAUUAAAUUAUUAUUCAUACCAUUCUGUUGCGGGCAUGAGCAAAGACGAGAAGGAAUAAGGAGUAAACAAUUUGGAUUGGACCUGCGGGUGAAUGUAAUAAGUUUGUAUUUGCGGAAUAUGCUGUUGCCCAUCAUUUUUUUCAUUUGUGAAGCAGAGAAAGUAAUUUGCAAUCUA